GACUGUAUAUAUGAGAAGCCAUGUGAGAGUUAACGUGGAAGUGUUCAGAUCUACAGACACCGUAUAGAAAUACACACAGUAACGUUUUGAGAUGACAGCGCAGGAGGUGCGGCUGUGUUCUCUCCUCCUCAGAGAACACUUUGGUGAAGUGGUGGAGAAGGUUGGCGUUCACCUGCUGCGUAGUGGAGCUCUCAAUUUGCGAGUCCUGGCUCAUGAAACCAGCCUUUCCCUUGACCUGGUGAAGAAAAGUCUGUGUGUGCUGCUGCAGCAUGGCAUGUGUGCGUAUGGACCGGGUCGUCGGGGUCCUGGCGGCCCUACCGAGUAUAGGACUAAGUGUGAGCGAAUCCUCUACAUGCUCCGCUACCCACGCUACAUCUACACCGCCAAGAGUCUGUACGGGGACACAGGAGAGCUGGUGAUAGAGGAGCUGCUGCAGAGGGGUCAGAUGACAAUGAGCAGUGUAGUGAGGACCGUCGCAGACCGGCUCACUCAGAACAUGGAGGAUGGCCAGAGUAUGGACUACAGUGAGGUGACAAAUGCGUUCUCCAGUUUGGUGGAGACACAUUUCGUGCAGCGCUGCCCCCCUGUGGAUAGUUCAGGAGAGACAACCAGUUCUGACUCUUCUUCCACAACCACACAGACUUCUCAACCAGAGAGCAAUUCAGACUGUUAUAAAAUACCCCAGGUUCACCUAACCGGUCGAGGUAAACGCAGGCGAUCAAGUGAGGAUGGAGAGACAGAUAACAGAAGUGCAAAAAAAGCCAAACUGGAAAAAUCUGAGGUCUUUGGUGAUGAGGGGAUCUGUUGGCAGGUGAAUUUUGAACGGUUUCACUUGCACUUCCGACAUCAGGCCAUCAUCGGUGCUGUGGCUUCAAAACUGGACCAGACUAGCAGUGAGAUAGUCCGGACCAUGUUGCGGAUGAGUGAAGUGACAACACCAGCUAAUGCUGCCCAAACACAGGCCCUGUCAGCUAAUGAGAUUUUCAGAGCUCUCCCUUCCAGUUACAACAUUGGCAGACCCAUAUUAGACCAAUAUCUCACUCUACUGGUGGAUGAUCCGAUGGAGUUUGUGGCUAAAACUGGUGACAGUGGAGGAGGAAUGUACGUUGUCAAUCUUCACAGAGCCUUGGCUAACUUAGCCAGAGCUACGUUAGAGUCUGUGGUCCAAGAGCGAUUUGGUUCACGAUCCGCCAGAAUCUUUCGCCUGUUAUUGCGUAAGCGCCAUUUAGAGCAGAAGCAGGUUGAGGACUUUGCAAUGAUUCCAGCGAAGGAGGCUAAAGACAUGCUGUACACUCUGCUCUCUGAAAACCUGGUCCAGCUACAGGAAAUUCCCAAAACCCCUGACCAUGCCCCAUCACGCACCUUUUAUCUGUACACAGUUAACCAGCUGCCCACAGCAAGACUUCUGCUGCAGAACUGCUAUAAGGCGGUGGGUAACCUGAUAGAAAGAAGACUGUUUGAGACCAAAGAAAACAAGCGUCAUUUGGAGAAGUCUCAGCGUAUAGAAGCGAUCCUGGCGUCUCUGCAGGCCACCGGGGCAGAGCAGGCUCAGCUGGCCGAGGUGGAGGAGAUGAUCACCGCACCAGAAAGACAGCAGCUUGAGGCUCUGCGCCAUCACAUUAACAAGUUGGACUCGAGCGAGAAUCAGGUGGACGAGACGAUAUUCCUUCUAGAGUCUUACAUUAACUCAGCCACACGAUAAUACAUCAGUGGAAGUUUUAAUUAUGGUUUACUUUCUUAAAUAGUUUGGCUUUGUGACUGUGUGUGUAUGUGCAGAAAUACAAACGUACAUUUUCCCUGCUCUGUUUUUUCAGCACUUGUAUUUGUUUCGGGAGUUAUUUAAGAAGUCAUGGACAGUACAGAAUUUCAGCCAUGAUGGUUUGUAGUGCCUUGGUAGAUGUAUUUGUUUUACCCGUUGUAUUAGUUGUUUUAAUUUCUUUGAGUCAUUUAGAAAUGCAGGGUACUGGAACAGAAUAUAAAUUAUAUGAUAAUAAAGUACUUUCUUAAAAACAA